GCUGCCAGUGUUGUCAAGACGGGCGGUGAGAGACGCGUUGUGAACGUGCAUCAUUGCGUUCAUUUCGGUUCAUCAAAGAGCGCGAGCGCUACAUCGACAGGCUGUUCAUACAGACAGACCGUGGCUUUAGGCUGUCAUCCUGAUGUUGGACCGAGCCUUGUUGCACGAAAGAGGAAGCUGAGAAGGAACAAUACCGAGAGAGCUUGUGUAUCGUUGGCAAGUAAAUAUAAAUUUUCAGACCGAGUCCGUCUUCUGUCGACAGCGCCUUACCAAGUGUCACUGCAGAGGAUAAACAGAAGCCAGUUUCUCUCGGCGCUUAUUAUAACACAAAAGCAAUGCCGGGCUAUGACUACAAGUUCCUCGAGAAACCCAAGAGACGCUUUCAGUGUCCUCUCUGUAGCAAAGCGAUGAGGGAACCCGUCCAAGUUUCCACAUGUGGACAUCGAUUCUGCGACACCUGUCUGCAAGAAUUUCUCAGUGAGGGGGUCUUCAAGUGCCCUGAGGACCAGCUCCCACUGGAUUAUGCCAAGAUCUAUCCUGACCCUGAGCUGGAGCAGCAGAUAUUGGCUCUGGCCAUCCGCUGUAUUCACAGUGAGGAGGGCUGCCGCUGGACUGGCCAGAUGAAACAGCUACAGAGCCACUUCUCCACCUGCGCAUUCAACGUGAUCCCCUGCCCCAAUCGCUGCUCCGUGAAGCUGACUCGCCGGGACCUGCCUGAGCACCUGCAGCAUGACUGCCCCAAACGCAAGGUCAAGUGCGAGUUUUGCGGGAGCGAGUUCACAGGAGAGGCCUUUGAGAACCACCAGGGCAUCUGUCCACAGGAGAGUGUCUACUGCGAAAACAAAUGUGGAGCGAGAAUGAUGAGGAGACUCCUGUCCCAGCACACCAUGACAGAAUGCCCCAAACGCACCCAACCCUGCAAGUACUGCGGCAAAGAGUUCGUCUACGACACCAUCCAGAACCAUCAGUUCCACUGCCCUCGCUUUCCCGUGCAGUGCCCUAAUCAGUGUGGAACCCCAAACAUCGCCCGAGAGGAUCUGGCUAACCAUGUGAAGGAGAGUUGUGGCAGUGCAUUGGUCCUCUGCCCCUUCAAAGAGGCUGGCUGCAAACAUAGAUGCCCAAAGAUGGCUAUUGGUCGACAUCUGGAGGAGAGCACAAAGUCCCACCUCACGAUGAUGUGCACUCUGGUGGGGCGUCAGCGACAGGAAAUCAUGGAUUUGAGACGAGAAAUGGAGGAGCUGUCUGUCAGUCACGACGGCGUUCUUAUCUGGAAGCUGACCGACUACUCACGCAAACUGCAGGAGGCCAAACUCCGCAACAACCACGAGUUCUUUAGCCCGCCCUUCUACACACACCGCUAUGGCUACAAACUGCAGGUGUCUGCAUUUCUAAAUGGUAACGGCAGCGGGGAGGGCACACAUCUGUCCAUCUACAUCCGCGUGCUGCCCGGCGAGUACGAUAACCUGCUGGAAUGGCCCUUCUCGUACAAGGUGACCUUCUCCAUCUUGGACCAGAGCGACCCAUCGCUGUCCAAACCUCAGCAUAUCACAGAGACCUUCAACCCUGACCCCAACUGGAAGAACUUCCAGAAACCAUGCAGCAGCCGGAACUCGCUGGACGAGAGCACGCUGGGUUUUGGCUACCCCAAGUUCAUCUCGCACGAGGAGAUCAAGAAGAGGAACUACAUCCGUGACAACUCCAUCUUCCUCAAAGCUUCCAUAGAGAUCCCCCAAAAAAUCAUGUCUUAAAUUUAAUGGGACUUAAGUGAAGAUUUUUCUCGACAAGUCUUGAUGGACCCUUAUCAACAACUUUACUGAAAGACUCAGUGCUCGUCUGUCUGGUUAUUUGGCUGGCUUCAGGAGCCAGUAUGUAAGUGUUUGAUCAGCAAAAUCACUCUGAAGUGUUUUGGAUUUGCUUUUUAACACUUUCUUCCUCAAUUUACAGCAACACCUUUGGACAUUCAGUAGUGCCUAGAACAUUUAUUUUAAUUUAAAUGUUAUUUUUAAAGUGUGAUUUUAUUUUAUUUCCCUAACAGAUGUCAAGUAUAAAGUAAAAGAUUGAAGCGGACCGUGAAAGGAUAUUCAUAACCUUUGCACUUUGAGAAUGUUUGAAUAUUCUUCAGAGGCAAUGGAGCUCUAAAUCACAACAGCAGUCAGUACUGUUAUGCCUGUGUUAAGAAUUCAGCAAACACACACUCACACAAAAACCUUCUUGACCCUUUUGUGUACACACAUUCGCCUGGUAUUGGCUCUUGAAAAGAAACUCAACGAUGGGGGUCAAAAGAACCUAGCUUUCCUGUUUAACUUGUUUUAAGUAAACUAACAACUAACAAUGGCUGUGAACUAAAUGUAGCUUAACUUAAGUAUGAGACUUGUUUGAAUUAGACUCCAAUUUUGAACGGUGUAUUGUAGUACUUGAUGCAUUGUUUUUCAACACCCUGUUGUUCUUAGAUAGACAGGACUUCUGCGCCCACGUUCUGUUUGGGACCGAUUCCAGGAAUUUAAUGGGUGAAGGUGCUAAAAGCGUACUUUUUUUCAUUAUUGUACGAUGGAAACGAAACCUUUUGCAACUCCUGCACUCCAGUCUGGAUCGAAAGCCAUGCUAGAGUUUGUUUACAUUCAGUCUGUGGGCGUUGGGUGAGGAUUGCAGGUCACAUGAUCUUCAAAGUGGACCACUUUUUGUACUGUUUUCUUAACCACCGUGUGUUGAGGGCUUGUUAUGUUUCGGCAGACGAAUGGUCAAAAGGAACCAAAUUUCUUUUUGUAAUAUGUGAAGAAAAAAAAAAUGUGAGCAACACCAGUUGCGUUUGUUUCAUAAAUGGAGGGUGUUUUGAAUGUGAACUUUGGACUCACAUGCGCGGUACACUCUUUCUGUUUUUUUUGUUUUUUUUGUCUUACUAUGCCGGUCAAUGAAAGCUGACAGAUAGAAAGGUGCGGGCACUCGCCACGGUCGCCCCCAAAACGUGUUGGUGCCUCAGGUGCGAGGGCAUCUUGUUCGAGCAGCACUGGUAGCCAUGGUUACCUGUGCCUGUAAAAGCAGACGUAAAAAUGAGGAGAGUUCUUCCAUGUGCCUGAGGAAGAUGAGCCUUGUGCAAUAUGGCUGCCAUUGCUCCAUACAGACCAGUGGAGGACUUUGUUGAUACUUAUUAUAUAUUAUAUGUGAAUACUAAUAAAAAAAAAAAAAAUGCAAAAGCACAUUCUUCUUCACAUUUAAUCUCGCUACGAUACCAGCAAAUAUUUUGCAACGUUUUUGAGAGAACCUGAAAAAAAAAAAAAAACUUUUUUUUUUUUUUUUUUGCUAAGAUUCUGUAUUUUACAAAAUACUUCAGAUGUUUUCUACAACACUUUUUUCGGAAUGAGUUUGGGGAGGGCCUGUAUGUUUACAUUUUAUGGACCCUUAUUAUGUUUCACCUCUGUGGCAUUUGCUCGAUCAUUCUGUUUGUCUGGUUUGAAUUUUGCAUAUUAUGUCUGUAUUAUUUCCUGUUGAAAGUAUUUAUUUUAAGGCGCCAUGACAUAAGCUUGUUUAAAGAAAUAGUGCAGAUGUUUUUAUAAGUUGAUUUGAUGAUUGCUUGUCACAUAUCACUUGAAAUAAAACAGUGUCUACAAGAUCA